AUGGGUGAUGAUGUGAUGAUACCUUGGGUAUUGGCAUCUUUUCCCAUUGCUGGAGCUUCCUUCGUGCAUCUGGCUGCGCAGGUCCCCUGGCAAUCGCUGCCUGGAUUGGAUGCCGGCUUGGAGCGUGCUGCUCGGGCCGAGUACGAGUUGGGCGUGCAGGCAUGGAACUUGCGCCAGCCAGAACAGGGCUUGGAGCUUUUUCUCAGGAGUGCGCAGAAAGGUCAUCAAGUUGGUGAGUACUGCUUUCGCUACGGAAUGUACCAUGAGUUACCACCAUCAGACAUCAAGCAGGCCUUGAGGUGGUACAGACGAGGGGCACGGAUGAACCACAAAGGAUCCACUACCAUGCUGGGCAAGCUGCACUUAGCUGCUGGGCAAAAAGAGAAAGCAAUGCACUUUCUACAGCGAACGGGAAAACCCCAGAGGAGCUUGGAACCCCCAAGAGCUCUGAGCCAGUCCAUCCUGGACACAGGCCACGGAGGCGAGAGAGGCGACUCCCUUGCGCAGUGGUUUCUUGGAGAGCUCUUUCUGCAAAGUACGAAGCUACGAGAUGCGGUCAAAUGGUGGAAGCUGUCAGCUGAAAAUGGAGACAGCGAUGCCAUGAUGCGCCUGUCGCAGGUGAUUGCGUUCGUGGUGUUGGGCCGGCAUGCCGCUCUGAUGUUCAGGUAUUACUACCAAUCCUCUAUCACUUUGCAGAAGUCCGGUGACACGAUGAUCGAAACACUCCGUACCAUGUAUGAGAUUGUCCUCAUGGCCAAGCUGGAGCUCGCAGUCUUCGUUCUGGCUGCAGGCCUUCACUUCCUUUUGUUCAGCAACUUGUCGCUCCGACGUUCACAACCCAAGCCACGGAGCAAGGCUAAGCUGCAUGAUGCAGGCGAUGGUCCCGCAGCAGAUGUGGUCUCUUCGCAAAAGCCGUCAGAAAAACCAACGGGUCCAUCUGCGGGGCCUGUAACAAAUGAUGCGCAACCACAGGUUCCCUGUCACCAAGCCUUCCACCGCAUCCUUGACACUGUUGUGAAGACCGAUGUUGAUCAAUGCUGGGAAGUGCUGAAGCGAAUGGAGGCCACCGGCCUCUCGCCAAACAACGUCACCUGCUCCAUUCUGCUCAAGGGCGUUCAGAAAGGAAUGCAGGAAGGAUACUUGCAGAAAGUGAUGAAGAUCAUUGACUCACGAGAAGUCAAAGAUAUGGAUGAGGUCUUGCUGGGAUCUCUCUACGAAGCAUGUAUUCGUUGCGGUCAAGUGCAGUAUCUGCUGAACUACGUCAAACGCCUGCGAGAGGAAAGCGGAUUCGUGCAGGUCCGAAGUGCCCACACGGUUGGAUCUAUCAUCCGCGCCUAUGGUGCAGCAGAGGAUCUUGACGGAGUUUGGGCCACAUGGAAUGAGAUGAAGCGGAAGCAGAUACAGCCGACUCGUAUCACUUUGGGCUGCAUGGUUGAGGCAUUGGCUUCCAACCACGAUGCCGAAGGUGCUUACGAGAUCAUUCAGCAGGCACUUGCAGAUCCUCAGACUGCGGCCUUGGUCAACGCGGUGACUUACAGCUCCGUGCUCAAGAGCUUCAAUCACCAGAAGCGUUUCCAUCGCGUGUGGGAGGUCUACGAGGAGAUGAUCAAGCAGAAGGUGGAAUUCUCGGUGACAACGUACAAUGCGCUUCUCGAUGUCUGCGCGCGAAGCGGUGAGAUCGGCCGAGCUGAGCCACUGCUAAAGGAUAUGGCCGAUCAGGGAGUGUCGCCCAACAUCAUCACAUACGGCACGGUCAUCAAGGCUUACUGCUCGGCCAACCGGCUAGACCAGGCCUUCGCAGUCCUGGAAGAGAUGCAGAAGAACACUUCGCUUCAUCCAGAUGAAGUGACCUACAACACCUUGCUGGAUGGCUGUGCCCGCUAUGGGCUCUUUGAUCGCGGCCUGGAAGUCCUCGCUGACAUGCGCAGAUCGUGCGUGGCACCAAGCAACUACACGCUCUCGGUGAUCGCCAAGCUUGCAAACCGCAGCAAGAAGCCGAAAAAAGCUUUUGAGAUGGUGGAAGAGUUAAGGAAGGAGUUCAACCUCAAGCUGAACAUGCAUGUCUACAACAACCUCAUCCAUGCAGCAACUUGCGACGGAAAUAUGACGAAGGCACAAGAGGUUUUCGGCACGAUGCUGGAGGAGCGGGUUCGCCCAGAUGGACGCACAUAUACUUUGCUCCUGAGGUUUUGCAUCACUCAAAAGGCGGCAAUGGCAGCCAUGGCAUUUAUGAGGACAGCAUUCGGCAUGAAGCAGCAGAAAGAUGAGUUGAAGGCAUCCGGUGGUGAAGAUCCCUUGCACCCCCAACUCGUCAAAUCCCUCCUUCGCUCAUGCCAUUGGGCAGCAGCUCCACUCCGCGGCAACAGUGCCUUGCAGGAAGAGGUCAUUCAGGACACUUUUGAUUUUUUGUCGCGCAGUCUUGAUUCGCCUGGGGUGCCGAAGCUCCUGGCCGAAGUACAGAAGUCCCUGCCUUCAAUGAAGCUCCCCAAGUCCACGACGAGCAGAAUCUUUGCAAAACACUGA